GGAAAUGUAGUCCAAAGUCGCCGCCCUCCUCGCCAUUUCAGUAAUGGCUGCUUCCUGGAAGGUGGUGUCGCAUGAAACCUCUUAGCCUCAGCGUCCGGAGCUCCAGAAAGGGAUUAUUUUCAAAUCAGAUACAAUUUUACAUGUACGAUUGCUUUGGAAACUUCAACACUCAAGAUCAUCAUGACCUCAGUUUCAACACAGUUGUUCUUAGUCCUUAUUUCACUGCUUUUGGUUCUGCCUGCUGUGGAAGCAGUAGAAGCUGGAGAUGCAAUCGCCCUCUUGUUAGGUGUGGUUCUCAGCAUUACAGGCAUUUGUGCUUGUUUGGGGGUAUAUGCAAGAAAGAGAAAUGGACAGAUGUGACUUUGAAGGGCUCUUCUGAAUCAGACUGCACCGCAGCCCUCUGAAAACUGUUGUGCUGUUGAAGCUAAACCUGAGAUUUGAUCUCUGAAAUUCCAAGAAACAUUAGUAGUUGUUUCACAUAAAAUAGGAACAAAUGGGUAUUUGGUAAAUGAGGGGAAAAUGAUUAUUUUAAAACAAAUAGUUCACUAAAAAAGUGCAGCGUCCACAUGGUGUUUGUUACUUAGAAAGAGGGUGAAAUUAGUAAAAUGGCUUAAAUUUGCAUAAGUACUAUUUUAUACUUUCAGAAUCCUCAAAGCAUAUGGAAUACAAAGAAUAAGUCAGCAUUGUUCAGUUAUAAUCACUGCCUCCCAAAAUCUUGGGUAGUCUUUUUCUACAUUUUUGUUUUUUUAGAGGUUUUUGUUUUAUCUUCCAAGUAAAUAUGAUAUUUAGGUAUCAAAUACUAAAAUUUUUUUGUCUGAGGAAAAAAAGUUUAGAAAAAUGUGCUUAAUGUACCUAAACUUAAAUGUAGAAAAGAUUCAAUGUAUAAUGAAAAAAUAAUUUUAACACUAUUGAGUAACAUCCCCAUGGUGAGAAGUUCUAUAUUAAAUAUAAACCCAUUAUGAUAUAAA